GUUUGUUGUCCGGUGCCCGGCGACGUCACGGAAUUUGGGAGCGCGACAGUGCGCCCUAGGACUCAAAUACUGUGGCAUGUUUACCGACGUGAGUUUUCCUGAUCCGACUCUUGUUUGGAGCUCGUCUCUCUUGCAUUGGAAUAGUACAAGGGAUUUUAAAAAAUCAUCAGAAUCUAUGAUCUCGGUCCCUUUGAUGAAAACAGUCCCAUUUUACCCUCUGACUUCAUGAUCCAAUUGGGUAUAGACAGUCUAUUCGCCAGAGAUGUCCACCGCUGCAACUCCAACCACCCCCUCUCAGUUAACAUCGGAUCAACUCACGGUCAUUGUGGCAGCAUUUUCAGGUCUGGUGUUCUUUGUGGUGAUCGUGGUGCUGCUGUCCAUAUACCGGAAAGAACCUCACUGCUGCAAGGACACCCAUGGAGACAUGGAUGCCCCUCCUCAGUACUACAGCAGCAGACAGACACUGGUGGGAAACCCCUGUCUGGAACAGACUCAUGACGUCAUACACGACAACACACACUCACAGUCAGGACAGCUGUUCCUUAUCGGCCUGCCCUCCAGCUACCGCCUGCCCUCCCUGGAGGCGCCCCUCCCCAGGCUACCCUCCUACGAGAGUGUCAGGAAGAAGGACCGCCAGAGACAGAUACACAUGAUGAUCGCUGACCGUUUCGGCCUCAACGGCGCCAUGCUGACUGAGCCCCCUCCAACGUAUGAGGAGAGCACCCGCCACUCCAUUGAAGUGCCCUUUGACAUUCUGGGGUCUGUAAUAGACGCCCCUCAUCCCCAGAACAUUUCCCCUCCGCACCCUGGCACAGACUUUACCACUCAGUCAGAGGUAACCACUCAGUGCCCAUCCACUCAGGAUGCCAACAGUGCCACCCUACCAGUCUGAAUCCUCAGACUCGCUACUGACACACGAUGACAAGGACAACUGGAGUAUUAAUGCUUUGUAUCCAUCUUGAUGUGCCAAACUGGUCAGAGGAUGACAGACAGGGGAAAUGCACACAUUCUCAAUAGUUUGAAUCAGAUCCAGCAGCCAAUGGGUUGACUGUACUGUAGGAACAUCCUGCAGUGACAGUAUGCUGGAAGAUAGUGACCAAAGAUGGUGAAAUUCUACAUUGCGGGUUACUCCAUACUGACAAACUUGAAUGUCUAAACACCUCUUGUCAGUUGUGAUUUUAAACUGGAGCCUAAAUAAGAUUGGUGAACUGGCAAGACUUGGAUUACCAUUCUUCAGUGAAAAGGGAAACCGUCCUGUAGAUGACCAAUACCAUGACUAUAUAUGUCUGAGGUGGCAGGUUCUAAUGCCAAAGUUAACUGUAAGAGGAGACAGGCCAGGUAGAAAGACACUCCAUGACAAAUGUGCUGCUGAAAAACAAAGACUAUUUUGAAAAAAAAAGCACCAAAAAGGGAAGAACGAUCUUUAGAUUAAAAAAAAAAAAUGUUUCUCAUAUUUUCUACAUUUGAUCAUGGUAACCCCUUUUGAUCAUUUUAUGGAUUAAAGUAAUCUGGAUUAUUGUUUUUUGGGGAACUGUGUUGUAGCAAGUCCUUUUCUGAGUAAAAUCACUCUCCUCUUUUAUUGCAAUGUACGAGCCAAAAACGUAUAAGCGUGAGAUGUAAAAUGCUCAUAUGUCCUACCCUGCUGAGCUUGGGUUAUACAGCUGAGCCAGAUACAACCUGUGUGUUAGUCUUGGAACCUGUGAAGAGUGAGUCAACAACACCAAACCUGUGUUGGCUCUGGUAACGGGUCUUAAAUGCCCAAUGCAGCCGUUUUUAUAUCAAAUCAUUUAUGGUAACAAUAAUGUACCUUACUGUGAUGGUUUUCUUUUCAAAUUAUAAAAAAAAAAUGUUGCUUUUAAGCUUUUUAAGCGUUAAAUGUUUUAACAAGCAAGAUUUGUGGUCCGAGUGGGGAGGAGAAAAGGGAAAACUAGUUGUUGUUGUUAGAGGUUUGGAACUCUUUAUUAUUAAUCUAUUAACUCAUUUACCACCUGGUGAUGUCACCAGGCAUGGUGAAACUUCACCAUGCAAAACCUGCUGUUUAGAAGGUCCUAUGUAGAAUGUAUUUUCAACCAGGAAAUAAUACUGAUCAAAUCUUGUUCGUUUCAUCAGCUGUUGUACAGUAUGAUGCAAAACACAGGAAACUUCAUUUUGACUGCACAGGGCCUUUAAGAUACAAUUCAGCAUUGGGAUUGUGGGAAGCGUUAACUAAGUAGCCAGCUUUGUUUAUUCAAGACCUCUGUGAACAGUGAAUGAGAAUAGCUGUGUAAAAAGCUUUUUUUUGUUGGUUAACUGGGCUGCCUGUCUUAACAGUCCCUGCACAAGCUUGAGAAGAAACCAGUAUGAAUGACAAGAAAAAGUAUGUAAUAUUUCCCUCACAUCAUGUCUGAAACAAAAGUAUGAGGUUUCAGCAGCCGUUAGCAAGUAGAGACAAGUCUACUCAAAAGACAGCAAUUGGGAAAUACUUGUACAAGUGUGAGAGUGAGAAUUGGAGUUGAUGAUCAUUUAUAGACCUGUCUGUCACGUAAACUAAUUGAGAUGGUGGUGGCUUCUAGAUAAAGACAUGUUUAACAUAGCGCCUGUGUGCUGUCUCUGUCUGGCCUUAAUGUCCACUAGUUUCCUUUUCACCUAAUUUAACACAUGAUUUACUUAACAAAAGGCACAUCUCAAUAGGUGGUCCAGGUAUGACAUGAACAAGCAGGGGGAGGGGCAGGUGGUACUUUCCUCUUUUGUUCUCUAUUGUUCCUCAAACAAGGAGGAGGCUGAUGACAUCACAUCACAUCUUUAUUAUUAUUAUUAUUAUUAUUAUUAUCUGACCAUCUCGUUGUAUUUGAUUUAUUUAACCUUUAUUCAACUAGGCAGUUAAGAACAGUGGGUUAACUGCCUUGUUCAGGGGCAGAACGACAGAUUUUUACCUUGUCAGCUCGGGGAUUCGAUCUAGCAACCUUUCGGUUACUGGCCCAACGCUCUAACUACUAGGCUCCCUGCCGCUCUUAAUCUGCCACUCCAAAAUCCUUGAAGUUAACUUAAAGUUUGUGGUUGUCUCAAGUACACUAUUUUGCUCAAAACAUAUUUUUUGAACCCUUUAGUGUAUGUAUUUAUACUUGGGAUAUUUGAACAGGAACGGUAAAAUCACUGGAGGACGUCUAACUUUCACUUUCCGAACCCUCUAAAAUGCACUUUACAUUUGUGGGAGCAGUGUUUUUGUGCAUUUUGAAUGACCCUGGAACCUAACUUUUAUACAAGUGAAUUAAUGACCUGUAAGUUUACUUUGAGCCCACCACCAAGUUAUGCCUGACCUGUACACACACAUUGAGCAUAUGUAUGUAAAUAAUAAACUGUUAUUAAAUCAAAUUGUAUU